GAAACGCGUUUGACGAUAUUUGUGCUCCUGUCGCUUCAUUGUAAAGGCUCGCGAGGUUUGUCGCUGUCUUAGUAACAUGUCAUUGUCGAUUUGGCCACAAUCUAACAUAGCUGCAUCUUUUCAGCCGUCGAGUUGGCGUUUGUCAAUGAAAAGCUCUUCAAAAAUUUAAUUCACGUGCCGGAGUCAUUGACAGCUUCGUAACCGCAACUAGAGCUGAACGUCUCACAAGUCUGCAUUGUUCCUAGUUGGCGAUACAGCUGCAACUUUUUGGCUAGCUUCCCUCUCACUUUCUGUUCGAUUCUCUCUAAAUAUGCGACUUUCAUUGUUAGCGACAGUUCUUUUCGGCGUAGCACCGAAGCCGAUUUCAGCAGAACCUCCGGUGGAUUUGGAAAAGCAUAAUUACUUCAUUCUAUGACAUCUUGUAGUGUUUUGACUUUAGGGUAAAUAGUUAAAAAUACGUGGUGAGAGAGCAGCUCUUACGUUAACUUUUAAUCAAUAGUACCGCUGUUAGCAGAACCUGUGAUUAUAUUUAGAAAAUCAUUCUCACUUUUCUGAAUUGAGUAUGAGCAGUCGGGCAAAUGUGAACUGUGCAACAAACAUUGGCUCGUUGACAUCAAGAUCUGCUAGCUAUAAAUAAGCUAUUAAGUAUGAGUGUAUUAUGAGAGGAUGGUGUAAUUAGAUGACAACAAGCACAAGAAAUACGGAAGAUGUUACAACAAGUGGCGACAUGUCUUUUGGGCGACGAUCGUUAUGUGGUUUUGCUGCUCGAGUGCUUUCCAUAACUUUGCUCUUUGUCAGAGCGGCCUUCAACAUUGGAACAUAAAAAUACCCCAUCACUAAGUAUAAUGUCUAUUUCAAUGCACCCCACAUUCUAUUUUGUGGGGUUUGCUGUCGCUGAAUCUGUCUUAUUACUUGCACAUUCACUGCAGUUGAUUAUUGAGGCGUGGACCAGUAGGACUUGUUCACAUGCAUACUGACCUAAAUACUCCCUCCUCAAAAGAGAAGCACUUUAUGCUAAAAAAAUUCAAGCCGAGAUGCAGUACCACACCCGUGCAGCAAGAUCAGACUUUUAUUCAUCCUACAGCUGUGUGUUUUCUUCCCCCAAACAAGAAUUACACCCAUGAGAAUGAAUGGCUUCAGGCUUUUGAUUUGGUGGGUGAAAAAAAGAAAAAAAAGUCAUAAUAAGAGGCUGGACAGUUGGCGGAACAUGAGGCGUGAGAGAGAGAGUACAGGACUAUUGUUUGGCCCGUGCAUGCUUGCAUAAUUAAAAUGGGCGACAAUGUGUAAACAACACACAUGCACAAUUGUUUGCUGCCAUUGUUGAUUCAUUUGUUUUUUGCACUGCAAGUGACAAGAGACACUUGCAGUUCCGCGUAAAGCGCUCUGGGGCUUUUUAAGAGACUUCCUCUUUCGACGAGGCCGAGGAAACGCAGUCGACCGCAACCAGAAGACGCGAGAGUCGCAACCAUACACCAGGAGAUAAAUGAGAAUGACAGGCCAACAGGUUUUGAGUCCUGUUUAAACCUUCUGAACUCUCGAGUUAACUGCUGUCAAUGGUAACAUGUAAAAAAAAAAAAAAAAAACCAUGCAAAUUGACGGCCAUUGUCAUUGUUUCUAUCUGUCAACUGGAAUCUGACAGACGAAAAUUCUUCAAGUCGUUUUUUUCAAUGGUCUGCAAGGGAGCGAGUGAGCGGGCGACGAGGAUGUCGGCGGAGGUAGACGUUCUGCUGCAGGAGGCCAAAGAGAGCAUCGAGGCGGCGCAGAAUUUUCGCGCCGAGUUGCAGCUGAGACUCGGUGGGCUCAACCAAGCGCGGAAACAGGUGCGGGGCAGCUCGAGCCAGGCCCGCGAGGCCCUCCGCCGGCACUUUGCCGAAUUGCAGACGGCGGCAACCCGGCUGCUGUCGGAGCGACUGAGUACACUCCUCGCCGAGGUGGACGCCAUCGAGGCGGACAGCGUCAAGCCUCUAGAUGACUGCCAGAGCCUGGUAGAGUAUGGCGUGGGCCAGGCCGAUGAGCUCCUCAGAGAGGGGGAAGCGGCUCUGCGCUGCGGGCUCGGCGAGAAAGAAGACAAACUGGGAAGCUUCACCAAGAAGGCCAUGCACAUCCAGUUGGACAGCCUUCCAGAGGUUCCAGCUCUGGUGGAUGUCCCGUGCGUGUCGGCCCAGUUUGACGACUCACUGCUGGGUCUGCUGCGGGAGCGUGUCUGCCGUCACGGCUCGGUGGCCUCGCACCCGCCCGUCCUCCUCGAGGAGCUGCAGGAGAGACCCGGAAGCAUCCUGGUGCGCUGGUGUAAGGUGGACGAGGACUUUGCCGCCGCUGACUACCGACUGCAGUACCGGCGCUCGGGCAACGGGGGGAGCCAGUAUGAGGAUGCCUACGUGGGGCGUGAGACUGACUUCCUGGCGCUGGGCCUGGACCCCAACACCCACUAUACGUUCAGGGUGUGCGCUCGCGGCGAGGGCCGCACCGAGUGGAGCCCCUGGAGUGUCGCCCAGACCGGAUACACCACCAUGGAGCCGCACGAGUGGCGUCCAGGUACGGAGGGUUACAUCGUGAGCAGCAGACGUAACAUCGCCUUGAGGAACGACGCUGUUCCGUCCAGCUGCCCUGUGCUCUACUCCAACGCACCCACUUACUUCUGUGGCCUCACCCUCACAUUCAAGAUUUCGGCAAUGGGUCAGCCAGACCGCCGGGACAGUUUGGGCGUGUGCGUGGACGGAGAAAGCGGCCACCGCUCGCUUCAGAGAGAUCAGGCCGUCUGCAUCUCCACCAAUGGAGCCGUGUUCGUGAAUGGUAAGGAGAUGACCAAUCAACUUCCGACGAUCACUCUUGGCUCGGCGGUGACAUUCGACAUGGAGGUGGUGGCCGUGGUCCCGCUCAACAACAACCUCGUUAGCGACGACAUCGGCGGCCUGAAGCUGCGCGUCACCAUCGGCACGGGAAGCCGUGAGGUGGUUUUCGAUUGGCUACUGGACACGGCCGUGGAUGGGCUCUUCUUUGGGUGCGCAUUUGCGCAUGCCGGAUGGAAGGUGCUCGUCUUUUAAAGGACAAUACUGGACUCGCGCGUCAAAGUUCCAGGAGUCUAUAGUCUGUGUGACUUCUGGAAUGGAGAGUUUCGAAUCAGGUAAGGUUCUUGGACAUCUCAGUACUGCCGCCCCUAGCAGGGUCUUGUUUUGGACCCCAAACUUUCCCUGGACUUAAUAGCUCCUGCAGUCAAACCACACUUUUUUUUUUUUUUGUUCACCUGAAGUUCUUGGCGCUUUGGUGCUUGGUAUAAAUUAGUCCCAAUGUUCCUGGAUGUCUCAAAAGCGCUAACUCAAAGGGCAGGGUCCAAUAAAUUGCCCUGGAACUCAAUUCAGACUGUUUCCAGGGUAGUAGAAAUAAAUGACCUCAUCAACCUCCAGAAGCCAUUUUGUAGGACUAGCGUGCAUUAAUUAAUUUUGUUUACAAUCACUCAAAACGGUGUCUUCUUCGUGACUUUUUUUUUUUUUGUAUGAAUGACAAUCCUCCUUUCGCGGUUCCCAGAUUUGAGUGAAUCAUGAAAGACUGAGAACAUGACAGAAUUUUGUUUUAUGUUUUCAAGAUCUGACACUGAACCUUUCUAGUUUUAGUCGCAAGUGUGUAGUCAUCUAGUAGGACAUCACAGUGUGUAAGGUGCCAAUCAAUGGAGGAGAAACUUUGUGUCGGUACUUACACUUCAGGGUAGCAAAAAAAGGGAUUGCAAAUUCUGUAGAAAUGUCACAUAACCAAGGAGGCCGUCCUGCCAUCUUUAUAAAAAAAAAAAGAAAAAAAAAAAUCAUUCCUGCAUUUCACUUUCAGUAGCGGGCUGGUGAAUAAAAGAGGAGGCCUGCUUCAGGUACAAAGUUCUCAAAGAAGCUUGCCUUGUGUGAUCGGAACUGUUUCAAAAAUAGAUUAUUAAUAUUCUAGUUGGAGAUGUUACCAUAAAGAGCGUUUAAUAUUUGCUGUUUUACACGAGCUGAUAAUCACACGUUUUUGUUUUGCUUUGUCCAUCAUGGUGUCCAUCCUGUGGAGCCAGUUUUUUUUUUUUUUUUUUUUAAUGCUAAAGAUUUGAGUCUUUAAAUAAACCCUUCACAAAGACAAGACAAAUGUAAAAAUGUGCUCUCUUUAUAGAAAACCAAAAGUUGAUUGCAGGCCACUGCCACAUUUUGUUUUGUUACCGCUUGGGUGCUUCCCAUGCUAAGCUAACACAUGCAUGGUGUCAAAGGAGCCCGUUUUUGGUUGUUUAAUUAGAACGUGGACAACCACGUUUUUUUUGCUCCGUGGGGGAAAAAAAAAAAAAAAGAAGCAAAUUGUAACCCGUGUUCUAUUUAAUAGUACAUAUAGGGUAUUUCCCCCUGCUGGGUUCUGGAAGAAUGCAACAUUAAGGCACGUCCGCUCUGUGCUGGAUUCACUUUUGAUUUUGGAAUUUCAUUUUUCUGCUGAUCAUUCAAACCACUAAAGAUUGUUUAUGUUUGGCAAAAGGCAACAUCGGCUCAGAGGUAACAAAGCAAACUCUUGAUCAUUAGUUGUCAAUCAAACAUGAAAUAAUGAUGGCCUAAUCUUUUCUAGAUUCAGACUCUAUCUUUGAGUGCUAAAAGUUGUCUUAAAACACAAAAAAUCUAGUUUGAGGUUUCUGGUAACCCCACACUUGUUGGUCAGUUUACAUUUACACCCAACAUCAGGAACAUGGGAAGGUUCCAUGUUUUGGGGUAGCAAAAAAGGAAAAACAUGAUAUUUUCUGUGUGAUUCCCAAUUUUUCAGUCACCAACUAAAAGUCCCCAAAAAUUAAUUAAGAUUUAAAACCCGAACGUUCAUUUUGGGGUUUCUGCUAACAUGGACAAAGUCCUCAAUAUUUCAGAUAAACUGGAAAACAAGGCUGUUUUGGUGUCUCUAAUCCAUAAUUAAAAAUUCAGCUUCGGAUUUCUACUAAGUCGAGACAGUCCUCAAAUCCUAGGAUCCUAGACACGCCGUUCCGGUGUGUCUGUCAUCCAGAAUUCCAAAGUCUUGAUGGCCAAACUCACCAAGGCGGCUCCAAACACAAAGUUCUAUUGAGGUUCCGUCAUUGGUCAGUUUCAAACUGCGGUCUGACUAUCCUGCCACCUGUUCGCGUCUUCACACUCUGAUGGCUCCUGGUCUGUCUCCAUCUGAGACUCCAGGGCCGUCUCCCAUUCAUCUUCCUCGUCUGCCUCGUCUUGCUCCUUAUGUUUGUCCCCACAGGCGGUGGUCUGGAGUCGGUCCAUGGCCUGGUCGAUGGUUCUGGUGGUGACCAGGUUGAAGUCAUGCAUGCUGACCAGGUGCAGCAGGAAAUUGCGACGCAGGUUUUGCUGGACGAGGUGAGCGCAGUGCAGCUCGGUGAAGAGGAGGCACGCCUCGUUCAUCUGGUGGUCGGCGAUGAAGCUGCGGACAAAAUAAAAGACGUGAAAAGACUGCGGCUGGCAUAGCUGCUUGGUGACAAAUUGGUGACCAACCCGUGUUUCAUGACGUGGAGGUUCCACAGCUUCAUGAUCUCCUUCUCGCCCUCGUUCACAUCCGUGAAGUCUUCGAUUUGCUGUGGCACAAUUAAUCAAUUUGGUCGGCACAAUUGACCGAAAGCAAUUCAUACAUGCCCAAAUUGAUGUCAAUGUGACAGUAAAAAAAAUAAAAUAAAAUUAAUCAUUCAUUUUCCA